CUCGGCGCGGCGCGGUCCAGGCCCAGGCCCCCGGACCCCGGACCCCGAGACCCGGCGCCGUUGCUGGGGAACUAUGGAUCCAAGCUUGUUGAGAGAGCGGGAGCUAUUCAAAAAGCGAGCCCUCUCCACUCCUGCUGUCGAAAAGCGUCCCGCCCCGUCUUCGGAGUCUUCUUCGGCCAAGAAGAAGAAAGCAAAGCUCGAGCAGGCGGGCGCGUCAGGCUCCAAGCAGAACUCGGAUCACAGCAAUGGAUCAUUUAAUUUGAAAGCUCUUUCAGGAGGCUCAGGAUACAAAUUUGGAGUUCUUGCUAAGAUUGUGAAUUAUAUGAAGACACGGCACCAGCGGGGAGACACACACCCACUAACUCUAGAAGAAAUUUUGGAUGAAACCCAGCAUUUAGAUAUUGGACUCAAGCAGAAGCAAUGGCUAAUGUCUGAGGCUCUAGUCAACAACCCCAAAAUCGAGGUUGUAGAUGGGAAGUAUGCAUUCAAACCCAAGUAUAACUUGAAAGAUAAGAAGGCCUUACUUAGGCUUUUAGAUAAGCAUGACCAACGAGGCUUAGGAGGAAUCCUGUUAGAAGACAUAGAGGAAGGACUGCCCAACGCACAGAAAGCCAUAAAGGCUCUAGGGGACCAGAUCAUCUUUGUUACUCGCCCAGAUAAGAAGAAAAUCCUUUUCUUCAAUGACAAGAACUGUCAGUUUACAGUGGAUGAAGAAUUUCAGAAACUUUGGAGGAGCAUUCCUGUAGAUUCCAUGGAUGAGGAGAAAAUUGAAGAGUAUCUGAAGCGCCAGGGUAUUUCCUCCAUGCAGGAAUCCGGACCAAAGAAAAUGGCGCCCAUCCAGAGAAGGAAGAAGCCUGCCUCACAGAAGAAAAGGAAGUUCAAGACACACAACGACCAUCUGGCUGGAGUGCUGCAGGAUUACUCGGACGUGAUCCCGGGCAAGCAGUGACUGGCAGGGUGUCGUGAGGAUUAGUUGGGGGAAGGGAUGUCAUGACAGUGUGGAGGAGGGUGGCGGGCCACCGCCCCCCUUCCUCUCCCCACUCCCUUCUUGGUGUGAGAGGUAGCAAUUCAGAGUACCUGAACAAGUGUGAGCAGGCUCCCACCCAGAGAGUGAUUUGAAUGGAGUGGGCAGAUGGGAAUGGGGCUCUGUGGCUUGGUGAUGAGCGAGAUGCAUCCCCUGCUCACCUUUCGAUUUCUGCUGAGCAGGAGAGGCCCCGAGCAAGGCCAGGCCCCAGCCAACCCAUUCGGCUUCUGGAGGGUCCCCCCGGCCUUUCUCCUCUUAGUACUUUAGAGCAAGUUUGCAAGGAAGAGUUGAAGGCACUGUUGAUUUUAUCUAUUCCAAAAACCGUAUUUAUAAUAAAACAACAGUAGAAGCAUU